AUGGCUGCCAACGUGGCUGCCAAUGAAAGCCCUCCUCUCCAGCCCGUCGUCGCUGUAGCCCAAGAGCCGAAGGAGCAGAGCGACCGCGUCGACAAUGACGAAAUUAGCAACACUACUGCUGCUCGGCCAUCAAUCGGCCAGUGGAUCAAGAUGCACUGGCUGGACGUUUUGACCUUGGCUCUGACGGGCGCCCUCGGACUGGGUGUUUACUUCCUUCGCCCCCUUCCAUCGCGUUCCUUUCCCAUCUACAAUCUCGACGGCAACAUUGCGGAUCUGGACAACGCCUAUCCGAUUCGCAAAGAAAUCGUUCCAAUCUGGGCCGCUGCACUGCUUGCUGYGCUCGUUCCCAUGACCGUAUUCGCCUUCAUGCAGAUGCGCGUCAGGAGCUUCUGGGACUUCAACAAUGCCAUCUUCGGUUUGCUCUACGCUUUGGUGUCUGCCGCCGUGUUUCAGGUCUUCAUCAAGUGGCUCAUUGGAGGUCUGCGCCCGCAUUUCUUGGAAGUCUGUGACCCGGAUCCAAGCAUGAUGGAGUCGAACGGCUGGGGUCCCGUCAUGUACGACCGCAAGGUGUGCAGGGGCGAUGAUCGCGCAGUCAACGAUGCUCUCGAGUCCUUUCCCUCUGGUCAUUCUUCGGCAGCGUUUGCAGGAUUCGUCUUCCUCUACCUCUACCUGAACGCCAAGCUCAAGGUCUUCUCUGAUUAUCGUCCAAGUUAUUGGAAGAUGGUCGUGCUUUACAUGCCCAUCCUCGGCGCAGUACUCAUCGGAGGUGCUCUCACGAUUGACAAAUUCCACCACUGGUGGGACAUCGUUGCUGGGGCCAUUAUUGGCACCAUGAUGGCGUUUUCUGCUUACCGCAUGCAAUACGCAAGCAUCUGGAACUACAACUUCAACCACGUUCCACUCCAUCCCCAAACAUCCAACCCAGGCAUCUUCACUCAUGAUCAUGUCUGGACUCGGAGGGCUGGAUGGGCCCUCGGGCCCGCAGCGCGCCCCAACUCUAACGUCGCUGUGGCCAACGAUGCCAAUAUGGCAUAA